CAUUGUGCCUUUGUGUUCCUUUCCUAAGAGUAUCCUCCUUUGUUCUCACUGUGGGUGAGUGUCUAGAGCACCAGGGUAUUUUUUUGUAUCCCAGACUGCUUUUGAUCUUCUGCUUCAGCCUCUGAAGUUCCAGGAUUUUAGAUGUGGGCCACUAUGUCCAGCCAAAACUUAGUGUUUUAAACAAGUGUUUUUGUCCCCUUAAGGGUUUAUAAGACAUUCUUGUCAUCAUGUAUACAAAAGAAGAUCUGAAAACAAUUCAUGAUACCAUUAAAAAGUACCCUCUUUCAAGUUUCUCUGCCCUUGAGUGGACGCCUGUGAAGAUCACUAGGUGAACACAGGGAACAAGGAACUGGAACCUGGAGAGCAGGUCAGGACUUGACCCCCUACAUAGGCAAAGGCUUUUCUAGAAGCUUCCACCCACUCUACUCCCUAUAAACACCCAGGGAGAAUACCCAGAAGACAGCAGAGAGUCCGAGACCAGCUUUGGAGGUUCGCUCUCUCAUCCUCCACCAUGAAGGUCUCUGCUGCGCUUCUGUGCCUUCUGCUCACAGCCAUCAGUCCUCAGGGGCUUGCUGAACCAGCCAGUGUCCCGACCAUCUGCUGCUUCACCCUGACCAUUAACAGGUCAGUAGCUAGAGAGCCACAGAAGAAUCACCACAGCAGAUGUCGCCAGAAAGCCAUAAUCUUCAAGACCAAACUGGGCAAGGAGAUAGGUCCUGGCUCCAAUUGGAAGUGGGUCCAGGACUCCAUAAAGAACCUAGACCAAAAAAAAAAAAAAAAAUAAUCCAGCUCGGCCUAAUCCAGAGUGUGAAAUAGUCUUGAUUUAUUUCCCUUUUCUGUCUUACUCUGAGAUAAUCUCACCAUCAUUGCCAAAGGAAUGGGGUUUCAUUGGUAAUUUUUAAAAGCAUAUUACAUUUCAGUCAUUGGAGUUUUAAAACUUAUCUCUCAUGAAUAUCAGUCCACUUCUGAGCAGAAAGCUUUGAGCAGAUCACUUGCUCUCUGGGGAGUCUCGAUUCAGUCCCUGCCAAGUGUGAGUGAUGAAUCCUCCCUCCUUCCUGCUCUUCUGAAGUUCCUGGAACAUAGCAGCAGAAUUCAAGUGCUGUGUGUUUUUAGGUUGACAUUGGUUCUUUUAAAUGCAAGAUGUGACUCAUGAUUUUUGAAUGGAAGUAGAUAUGAAAAUGUAAAUUAAUUAAAAUACAUAAAAUGUAAACACCAAAGAACCCUCUUCGCAACUGAAUAUAUAGAUUUAAGACAAUUUCUUCAAGUUUUGAAGUGUUCUGAGAAAAGGUAGAAAAUGUGUGCCUUGUUAUUACACUGCCUUUUCAGAAUGGUAAAAGAAGACUUCUAGUUUAUAUCUUUCUCACCUCAUAUUUCUUGACGGAAGAUGUCUUGAUUCUCUGUGCUGCUUUCACACAUACAGUCUCAUACUGAUGUGCGCAUAUGAAGGAGUGCCCCAACUGAGGUCUAGGAGGCUUGACUUCUCCAUCUGUGUCCCAUAUAAGAUUUGCUUCUUGUAGCCCCGAAGGCCUGCGGGUGUGACUUAAAUAGUAGAGCACUUUCCUAGCAAGAACAAGGCCCUGUUCAGACAUGCAGGUGCAUGUGUACGCACACACAUACAGUUAUGCUGGUAACAUGUUACUCAUUAACAUAAUUGAAAGAGAAAUUCUUUUUUAGUGCUGGUCCUGUGGCUUGCUUGAACUCAGGGCCUGAGUGCUUACUUUGUGCUUUCUUUUGAUCAAGGUUAGCACUCUUCCACUUGAGCCAUAGCUUCAUGUCUGGCUCU